UAUCUAUUGAGUGUGAAUAUUGUCAGACUUUAAACAAAUCAAAACUGCAUAUAUUAUAUAUUUGUUGUAGCCCUGUCAGUUUGAAAACGUGGUGCUGUUGUGCUUUUCAGCCCUAGCCCACCACACCACACUUUUUCGCAAAUAUUCGCCAACAGUCGUUUCGGGCUCGUGCUUCGGCGGCAUAUUAAAUAAGUGCUCCUUGGAUUUUUGCUGUGCGAGGCCAAUUGAUUUUGAACAGCAUUAAAAAAUGGACGCUGUGUUGGACCAAAUCAUCGCCGGCUUAUUGUGUACGGACACUGAACGCAUACGUCAGGCGACCAAUGAGCUGGGCAAGGCUUACGAAAAUCCGGACACGCUGCCGGCACUAUGUCAGAUUGUGGUGUCACAGCGGGAGCCGCAAGUGCGCCAAUUUGCCGCCGUGCUGCUGAACAAGCGGCUGCAGAAGCUGCGCAACUGGCAAAUGGUCCCAGCCGAGCAGAAGGAAAGCAUUAAGACCGGCAUGCUGCAGGCAUUGAUUGCCGAAAAGGAGAAGUCGGUGAAGAAUGCAAUUGCCCAGUUUAUUGGCUCCUUGGUGCGUCACGAGGAGGAGAAGAAAGACUCGUGGCUGACGGAACUGUUGAACUUCAUCUUUAGCCGCUGCAGUGUGGAUGAUCCCACGGAGAGUGAGCUGGGCUCCUCGAUAUUUGCCACUCUUACCGAUGCGGCUCCCGAUCAAUUUGUCAGUCACAUGGACUCCAUUUGCCAGAUGUUUGCCGCUGUUCUUAUGUCCGCAGAGGCCAAGGGUAAUCUGGCCACGCCCACUGUCGCCAACAUAACCAUGGGCAUGAGCUAUCUGAUGCCGUUCGUGAGCGGUCACACGAGCGCCGAGCAGACUGUGCUUAAGGUUUUGCCGCUCAUCAUUAAGACGGUCUUUGCCUUUGCCCAGAAAGGUGAUGAGCAGGAGUUCUCUAUAGUUUUCGAUGUCAUUGACAGCAUUGCCGAGUAUGUGCCAAAGCUGCUUAAUAACAAUGUGAAGCCUCUUAUUGAAUUCUGCCUCGAAACGGCCAACAAUAAGCAAAUCGAUGACUCCAUACGCGUCCAGGUGGUCACGUUUAUUGGGCGUGUGGUGCGCAUCAAGAAGAAGGCGAUCGUCAAACAGAAGCUGCUCGAGCCCAUAAUAUCCGUCAUAUUUGAGAUGAUGUGCUGCGAAACGGAACUGGACGAUGAUGAAUUAUUUACGGGCGAGAGCAGCAACAGCCCGGUUACGGCGGCCACACAAACCCUCGAUUUGCUGGCCAUCAAUAUGUCCGCGGAGCGACUGAUACCGCCAUUGCUGCAGCUGCUCGAGCCGGCAUUGCAGAAUCCGGAUCCUUUGCGACGUCGUGCUGCCUUCCUUUGCAUUGCUGUCAUCGCCGAGGGCUGCUCGGAGGCCAUUUGCUCCAAGUAUUUGGAAGUCAUGUUGAAUAUCGUCAAGAGCGGCAUUGCCGACAAUUCGCCAAUUGUGCGCAUUGCCAGCUUCUUUGCGCUGGGCCAGUUUUCCGAGCAUCUGCAGCCGGAAAUAUCGAAGUUCGCACCACAGAUUCUGCCCGUGCUAUUUGAUUUUCUGCAGCAGCUGGUGAUUGAGCUGAAGAGUGGCAAUCCGGAACCGAAGCACACUGAUCGCAUGUUUUACGCUUUGGAAACGUACUGCCAGAAUCUGGAAGAGGAUAUUGUGCCACAUUUGCCUCUAUUGAUGAAUCGUCUUUUCGAUACGCUGGAUCCCCAGAAUUCGGUGCAUCUGCGUGUGCUGGCCCUGUCGGCUAUCUCGGCGACAGCUUUGGCUGCUAAGGAGCAUUUGAUGCCAUAUUUUCCCAAAAUUGUUGAAAUACUGCAGAAUUAUUUGGUUAAGGAAUGCGCCGAAGACAUGAAGGAGCUGCGCAACGAGGCUAUCGAUACGCUGGCUUCCAUAACACGUGUUGUGGGCAAAGAUAACUUUAUACCGCUGGCCAAUGAUACGAUGGCCUACUGCCUUAUGAUGUUGGAUGAGGGGCCCAAUGAUCCGGACUUUAGACGCGCGAUCUACAAUCUAAUGGGUGCCCUGUCCAUUGUGGUUAACGAGAGCAUGUCCACGGUCUUUCCCAAAAUCAUUGAUCGCCUUAUCGAAUCGGUUAUAUCUACGGAUGAUAUGCUUCCCAAUGAGGAUGACGCUGCUGGUAACAAUUUGUUCCCCGAAGAGCCGGCCACUGAAAAUGACAUUGAUCUGGAUAACACAGACGACGAGGAUGACGAUGAUGAUGAUGGUUAUCAGGUGGAGAAUGACUUUGUCUAUGAAAAGGAGGAGGCCAUACUCGCACUCAAAGAAUUUGCCGUCAACACCGGCAGCGCCUUUGCUCCAUAUCUGCAGAUAUCUUUCGAGAACGUGUACAAGGUGAUUGAGCAUCCCCAGGAAAAUGUACGCAAGUCGGCCGUUGAGGCGAUCUGCUCGUUUGUGAUCGCACUUCACAAAAUGGGCGAUGGUGAGGGUGUUAAGCGCGCCUGCUUGAUUAUCAUGCCUAAAUUCGCCCAUAUGAUCCGCAACGAUGAGGAACAGAGCGUGGUCAUACAUUUGCUUGAUAUGCUGAGCGAACUGUUCAUUGAAGUGAAGACCACUGCGGUGCCCACGCAGGAAAUUGCCGACUUAAUCUUUGCUUGCAUCAAGGAUGUCCUUAACAAUAAAAUGGCUUGCCAGUUUAAUGAGCCAACCGGCGGCGGUGACGAGGAUGAUGCCGAGGACAGUGAAUUUGACGAAUUGCUUUUGGAGAAUGCUGGCAAUCUGUUGCCAGCCUUUGGCAAAGCCCUAGCACCAGAUGUAUUCUCCAUGUACUUUGGACGCGUCUAUCAGUACUACUUAAACAAGCUGAACAAGGCCAAGCGAAAUGAUUUGAGCGAGCAGCGCACUUUUGUAUAUGGCGCUCUGGCCGACUCUUUCCAAUCGCUGGGCAACUGUGUUGUCACCUAUUUUGAUACUCUGUGCCCCAUUUUCGUCGAGGGCGUAAAUGAUCCCGAACCAAAGGCGCGCCAGAAUUGCUAUUUCGGACUGGGCGAGCUAGUUUUGUGCGCCGAGGAAAAAUCUUUUGAUUCCUUCCAGGUCAUUCUGCAAGCCCUUUCGGGUGCCAUUGCUUCGGAGACAAAUGCCCCAGCUCUGGACAAUAUUUGCGGUGCCGUUUCCCGUCUGAUCGUGACCAAUCAUAAUAUUGUGCCUUUGGCGCAGGUGUUGCCUGUUUUACUCUCGCAUUUGCCACUGCGCGAGGAUACGGACGAGAACGACAUGGUGCACAAAGCAUUCCGUGUGCUUUACAUGCAUGCACGUCCGACUAUUAUUGACUACCUUGAACAGAUUCUGAAAAUCACCAUAGACGUAUUAUACAAGGAGCAAAUGCCCGACGGAGAUAGCAAGAUCAGCGCGCUUGCCUUCCUUGCGGAAAUACGUGAACAGUAUCCAGAUCAGUUCAACAACGUGGCCAACUCGAGUCAAGAGGUCUUCAACUAUCUCCAGACUCUGUAAAACUACAGACCCUCAAAUUGAUAAUCAUUUGGACGUAACCAAUUAGUUAUCCCAGUUAUCCACAUACAUAUAUGCCGUCACAUUUGUUUUUUAAAAGAAUGGAGAUGCUUGCGGGCGACAAAGCGCAAGCAAAGCUUGAUGAAUUCCAAUGCACUCAGAAAAAGAAAUUAAUAUAUAUAUUUUAAAUGGUUUCCUAGCGAAAAGGACAAUUGUCUUAACUUGUUAUUGCGCAAAAACGUGAAUGUAUGAAUAGCGAAUAGUCUGAAAUAAAUAUACGAAAAAUAAACACUAACACAACAGUGAAA